UACGAAGCGGAGGAGCAGUUGCAAGAGUACGGCAGUCUUGCACGCUCGCCGCGCACGGCACGAGAAGUCCUCAACGAAUUCGUCCUGAGCCGUCUCGAGCGAGACCAGAUCCGCUGGUUUGGCACGCUUCUACUUAUCCUCCUCUGCCUUGCUGUCGCUUUCUACCGACUCCCCUGGACGACGCAUCUCUCCGACGAUAACUGACUUGACAACAAGCGCACGCAGCAGUCACCGCAUCACCUCAGAGAAUGACUUCUAGCUCGAUUUGGUAGCCCGCAUAGCCUCUAAAUUGUCAGUCAUCGGCCACGCUGUGCUGCACAACUCGUCCCUGGCCCCAUGGCGACGCGUGCAAGCAAACCUGUCUUGACGCUCGACAUUGAAGCAGCCAUAUCGUAUCAAGCUCUCGCUAGACCUCCACCUCCGCCGUCCGGACACACGAUCGCUCCCGUCAUGGCAACCUGCCCUUCUGCAAGCACUGCCUCUGUGCUUGCCGAUAUGUCGCAAGUGUCAGACCUUGCGACGGCGUUGCGUGGUCGCCUUUGCGAUCUCGCCAAACUUUGCGACCGCCUCAUGCCUGCGAUGGUCGAGUCUGACACGAGCGAGAUCAAGAUCAUGUUGCCCGGACAGCAGCACAAGCGCAAAACGAGCAGCCUGGAGUCGCUCACCUUGCCAUCUGCCGUCAGUCAAAUCAAAGCAAAAUAUCAGCAUGUCUGGUACAACUACGUCUCGCCCCUUCGAUUAACAAUGCUCGUCAUGGUGCUCUUCUUUGGCACAUGGCUGCUUGCACCCAGCACGACGCAUGGCAGACACCACCAGCCCCUUGGCUUCACGCGGCAAGAUGCUGCCCAAGCCAGCAAGAUCCUCGGAGCUUGCAAUCCAUUCCACCGGCACGGUCAGCUACAGCUAUCUGCACGCCGCGCUGUCAACAACUAUUGGAAGCCGUUUGACGAGGCAUGCUUGCCGUCAACAUUGCUGCGCGCCAUCAGCAAGUCAAAUCGGCACGAGCCCGGCGGAACCCUCGCCACCUAUCCGAUGCGAGACAACCUCAAAAUGCCUUGGCUUCACAACAAGACCAUCCUAAUGAUGCGCGAUGUUGCUGCCCAUAAUGAUCUCUUUGAAUGGUGUGAGCUCAUGGGCGGUCAUGCUAGCUCACUAGAUGCGCGCAAUGAGACCAUUAAGGGGCUCUUUGACUCCUUGCAGCAGCGAUUGGCCGAGCUCAAUCAACGGUACCUGGAUGAUUCUCCCAUCAAUGAGUCAUUCACGCCCCUCAAAUGUGAAGUCAGCCGCUUUGAUCUCAUCAUAGUCCAGGUCUUCCAUCACGGUAUGCACACGCGCGCAGAGAUUGGCGUCAAGGCGCACAAGGGCGACACCUUUUAUGAUGCGAAUCCAAAGAAGACGCUCUAUCAAUGGGCCAAUAUCAUGAUUCUCGUGGCAGACACUGUGUUGCCACUCGUGGGACGCAACCGUCAACCGGACCUCAUACAUCUCUCAACUACUCACAGUAAUGCGUACCGCUGGGCGACAGAGGACCACCUGGAUCCAAAAGCUCCCGUGGCACCUGGCUCGGUGUCUGAUGAGCGUAUCACCUGGUAUGAGACACAAUUCAAGUCCGGCUUGAACAACAUCACCAGGCGUUAUCCCGACGCGACGGUCCUCUGGCAGAGUCCUGUUCUGACAGAUCACGUUGCGCGCAGCUCGAUGGUGGCGCUCGACGGUCUCGCCCGUCAUGUCAUUGAAGAAAGCCAAGAAGAGGUGCGCCAAGAGCUCAACGCUCUCAAAGUAGCCGGCAGGCCACAGCAACAGAUCCUGCUGGACAUAAAGCAGCCACAAGUUGACUCCGCCUCCCAUACAUCAUCAGCAGCAGCAGCAGCAGCAGCAGCACACGCAGGAGAUGCAGUCGGAUCUGUCAAUCGGCUUCAUGUCGACGAGACGGGAAGACUUCUACUCGGCAAUGAAGCCCAGCAAAUCGACUUGUCGCCCUCAGCGAAGAUCUCAAUCGAAGGCGUCAUGCAGGCCGAUGUGAUGCUUUACUAUCUGCAACGACAUCACGCAGCAGAGGUGAUGAGGCACAUUUCGACAUAAUGCAAUGUUACCAUGUU